AUGGAUCCGGCAAGGAGUUGGAUGUAUGCUAGGAAGCUACAAGAUGGACAACUGAACCCAGAGUUUGUUAAAGGAUUGGAAGCAUUUAUCAAAUUUGCUUGUAGUAAGCCAGAAUUUAUGGAUGCGAGUAAAAUCAGAUGUCCAUGUAAAAAGUGCAUAAAUCGAAAAUAUCUAAAUGUGGAUGAUGUCACAUUACAUCUUAUGAGGUGGGGGUUUAGACCAAAUUAUCAUGAAUGGACUACACAUGGUGAAUCACCAAUUCCAUCAAUGAUUGCCGCUGAAGUGACACUUCCAAGUGCAGAACUUUUUCAGAGUGAUAAUAAUAUGUACCAUAAUUUAGUGUUUGAUGCUGCCGGUCCCCAAUUUCAAAAUAUGGGUUCAGAUGCUCCUUCUCCAGAUAUUGCAUUUGAGAAUAUGGAAGAACCACCCAAUCUAAAUGCACAAAAAUUUUAUGACAUGCUAAAUGCAGCUGAAGAGGAAUUGUGGCCUGGUUGUGAAAGACAUUCACAAUUAUCAGCUGUAGCUCGUAUGUUAAAUAUUAAGUCAGAGCAUCAUUUGUCUGAGAAAUGCUACGAUGCAAUUGUGAAUUUCAUUAGUGAAAUAUUACCCGAUGAUAAUCAAUUUAUUGACAGUUUCUAUAAGACAAAGAAGCUUAUACGUGGGUUAGGUCAACCAGUUGAGAAAAUUGAUUGUUGCAAGCUUGGUUGCAUGAUUUAUUGGGGGGAAGAUAUCAAUUUAACAGAAUGCAAAUUUUGUGGGCAGACAAGAUACAAGUCUCAAUGUGGGACAGAGAAGGAAAGAGUACCAUGUAAGAAAAUGUAUUAUUUUCCUCUGACACCAAGGCUUCAAAGACUUUAUGCUUCUGAGGCAACAGCUGCACACAUGCGAUGGCAUGAUGAGCAUAACAUGGAAGAUGAUGUCAUGUGUCAUCCAUCUGAUUCUGAGGCAUGGAAGCACUUUAACCGUACCCAUUCACUGCUUGCAAGUGAAAGUCGAAAUGUUAGACUGGGUCUGUGUACUGAUGGUUUUCAACCAUUUGGACAGUUAGGACAACAAUACUCGUGUUGGCCAGUAAUAAUUACACCUUACAACUUGCCUCCUGGUAUGUGUAUGAAAGAGCCUUAUUUGUUUUUAUCAGUAAUAAUACCUGGAUCGCAAAAUCCCAAGCAAUGA